CUCUCUCUCUCUCUCUCUCUCACCUCAAUCAGCAGCAUUAGCAGCUAUCAUCAUCACUACCUUCAGAAAUCACAUUAGGUGGUGAAAGUUGAAUUAUGGCUGAUGAUAGUGCUGAUCCUUUUCCAAUGUUGGGAAGUGUGUAUAGAGUCUCCGGUUCCAAAUUCAACCAGUUGAGCUGCAAAGUAGCCGAUACCAAAUUGAAUGCAGAACAAACUGGUGAAUCCAAGGUGAUCCCAAUAGCUUGGUGUUCUCCAAAGUCUAGUUCAAAUGCAUGGAGCCAUCCAAAUGUUAUCCAGAAUCUGACAAAGAGGGGUAAUAGUGGAUCAGGGCUAGUUAACAACAACAAUAACCUACAGGAGAAAAGCAAUUCUCCGAAUACUCUAAAUGGAAGCGAAAAUGGAGUUUCGAAUAACAGCAACUUACCUCCACAGUCAGUAAAAUCUCCAACACCAGAGAAAGGAUUAUAUUCAUCUGAUGAUGAAAUUUUCGAUAGCGAAUCUGAUAUUGUGUUUGAUAGUGACGAUGAUUUUUCUUUAGAUGACACUGACUCAGACACAGGCGAGAAAAGCCAUGAAGGGCGCAUGAAGAGCAAGUGGUUCAGGAGUUUCUUUGAUAUUUUAAAUAAACUGAAAGUUGAGGAGAUCAAUUCACAAGCAAUACGCUUGCACUGCCCAGCAUGCCAAGGAGGUACCGGGGCUAUUGAUUGGUAUCAGGGAUUGCAGCCCCUUCUUAAUCAUUCGAGGACAGUAAAAGUUAGGAGGGUGAGAUUGCAUCGAGCAUUUGCUGAAACUUUGGAGGAAGAGUGCUCCAGGAGAGGAGCUUCAUUGCUAAUGGUAGGUGAAGCCCAUGGACUAUGGGAGGGUCUUGAUAAGAAAGUCAAGGAUCAUGAAAUUGUUUGGCCUCCAAUGGUUGUCAUCAUGAAUACAAAAUACGAGCAAGAUGAAAACGAGAAUUGGACUGGAAUGGGGAACCAAGAACUCCUUGAUUGCUUCAGUGAUUAUGCUGCAUUGAAGGCUCGACACUCAUAUGGUCCGCGAGGGCACCGAGGAAUGAGUGUUUUGAUUUUUGAAGUAUCCACAGCCGGCUAUUUAGAAGCUGUGCGGCUCCACAAGCAUUUCAAAGAACAAGGAAGAGAUAGGCAAGCUUGGGAUCAUUGUAAGAAUCCAUUUGUCCCAGGGGGGAAACGCCAACUUUAUGGUUACCUGGCUACUAGAGAAGAUUUGGAUAUUUUCAACAAGCACUCUGGAGGAAAGUCAAAAUUGAAGUUUGAAAUUAGAUCAUAUCAAGAGAUGGUCGAGAGCAAGAUAAAGCACAUCAAUGAUGAUGGUCAAAAGCUUGAUAUUUUUAAGGAGAAGAUAGCUAAAGAACAACUCAAAUCCAAAGUCUUUGCAGACACUUUAUGUCAAGUAACUGAGAGGUUACGCAAAACAACUGUCGAAAGCCGUGUUGUGCGUGAACGUACUAAAGAAUAUCAUCAACAAAACAAGGAGGAGAUGGAUGCACAAGAAACUUUUUUCCUUGAUAAAAUGCAAAUCAUCCAUCAAGCUAUAGCUGCAAAGGAAGAUGAGUUUGCGAAAUCGCAGCAAGCAAAACGAGAAAUGUUAUGUGCUGUUGGAGAUUCUUCUGUGAAAGAGGACGACAAUCAUAUAAUGGAGAAAAUUUCUAGUUUCAUAAAGUCCCAAGACAAAGACAUGAGGCAAUUCGAGGCUGAGAGAGAUGAUAUCUUAAAAAUCAAUGAAGAAAAGAAGUUGGCUCUGAAGAAGAAGUAUUGGCAAGAGCUGGUUGAACUUGAGAAGGAAUUGGAAAAUGAACUAUCUGAGCUCAUGAACAAGUACACUUUAAGCCAGUCUCAAGAAGAAAACCGUCAACAAUAAAUCGCGCCUAAGUCUCGUUAACAUGGAAAACUUGCAGAGAAGUGGUAAAUUUUGGCUGAAUUUAUUUAGUUUGAAAGUUGAAAAGUGAGAGUUGAUGAGGCCAUCACCAAAAUUUUGAUCCCAUUUUGACUAGUUCUAGUCAUUUUUGCUUUUGUUGCAAUUGAGUGUUUUGCUCACUGCAUUUAAAUAUAGUUAAUCAAGAAAUAUUAUUGCGCAUGAAACAAUGGUAGAGGCUUCAUGUUAUUUUAUGUGAGGGA